AAGGAGCUGAGGAUGCCUUAACAAUCAACGGAGGUUCCCACUAGGGUUUGUGAUUUGAAAUAUUCAGAGAUUGAAACAGCUGAGAGAGAGCGAGAGUCCUUUUAACUGUGAAGGGACCAUAGAGCUCCCUAUACUUAGACCCCCCCCAAGAGCCAACCGACAGGCAAGUCCAGAAAAUGGCAGCUGCCCAGACGACCAUGGGAAAACUCUCCUGCUUUGCCGUCCUGCGGACGGAUUCAUCCCAGUGAUGGCCCGCAACGGGAGCUUCCACACUUCCUUCCCCCUGAACGGUAGCACCCCACCGCCAGACUCCAGGUCUUCGGCUUUGCCCGCUCCGCUCCGGAUACCCACAGCAGUAAUCAUGCUGCUGAUGAUCGCAGUUGGAUUCCUGGGCAAUGCGAUCGUCUGCCUCCUCGUGUACCAGAAGCCCGCCAUGCGCUCAGCCAUCAACCUCCUCCUGGGCACCUUGGCCUUCUCGGACAUCCUGCUGUCUUUAUUCUGCCUGCCCUUCGCCGCCGUCACCCUCAUCACGGGCACCUGGAACUUCGGGGCACCUUACUGCCGUAUCUCGGCCACGCUGUACUGGUUCUUCGUCUUGGAAGGGGUGGCCGUCCUCCUGAUCAUCAGCGUGGACCGCUUCCUCAUCAUCGUCCGGCACCAAGACAGGUUGACCCCGCGCCGGGCCGAGGCGUUGAUCGCCGGCUCCUGGGCCCUGUCUUUCUGCAUCUCCUGCCCCUCGCUCGCGGGCUGGGCAUUCGUGGAAGUGCCGGCCCGGGCUCCCCAGUGCGUCCUGGGGUACACGGAGCUUCCCGCCAACAGGGCCUACGCGGUGACGUUGGUGGCGGCCGUGUUCUUCGUGCCCUUCGCCAUCAUGCUGUACACCUACCUGUGCAUCCUGAACACCGCGCGGAGGAACGUGGUCCGGAUCCGCCACGACCGUCCCCUAAGCCGCCGCGGGCCCGACGGCCUGACGGGCCCACGGCGGCCUCGCCGGACGGCCGUGGACGUGAGCUUCAAAACCAGGGCCUUCGUGACCAUCCUGAUCCUGUUCGUGGGGUUCUCCUUCUGCUGGCUGCCUCACACGGUCUUCAGCCUGCUGUCCGUGUUCAGCCAGAGCUUUUACUACGGUUCUUCUUUCUACGCCACCGGCACCUACACGCUGGGGCUCAGUUACCUCAAGUCCGUCUUCAACCCCGUGAUCUACUGUUGGAGAAUUAAGAAGUUCCGGGAGGCCUGUGUGGAGUUCCUGCCCAGUACGUUCAGAAUCGCUCCCGGAGUGCCCGGGAGGACCAGGAGAAGGAUCCACCCCAGUACCAUCUACGUGUGCGGGGAGCACCAGUCGGCCGUUUAGGAAAAGAGCCGGGGAGGAGGCGGCGGGCAGAGGAGCCAUUUCCCUUGGGUUCUCCUCAUUCCCCGAACACCUUACGAGCGGUCUCCGCCGUGGCCGUUUCCACCCACAGCCCUCUCUGGGCUCUCAGUUCAGCUCACUGCCCCCUGUUUCGGACACGAGGAGCAUUAGUCUCACUGGGCUCACCCCAGAGGGGUAACGCUUGGUUUUGGGGGAAGAGAAUGGUUAACUGCUAGAUCCCUGCCCUUCCCCUCCAGAGAUGCCAUGUAAAUUCCUAACCAAACAGUACACUUGGUGCCCAACUGUAAUGAGCUGAAA